AUGCACUCUUGGCUUGGGGUCCAGCAAGGCUGGUUUGUCUCCCAACAGUGGGCGGGACUAGCAAGCGGCAGGGGCUGUCUGUCUGGCCCCUGGGAGCCAAAAUCUCAGGAUCACUGUUAUUACCACGGUCACGUGCGAGGGCACGAGGGCUCCUGGGUGGUUCUCAGCACCUGCUCAGGGAUCAGCGGCCUGAUCGUGCUGAACGACACUGACAGCUACUACCUGAAACCCCUGGGGCCCCCAGAACCCGAGCACCACGUCAUCUAUAGGGCAGAGCACCUGCCAAUCCGAGGCGGGACCUGUGGGCACCGCGGCCUGGGGGGGAGCAGCGUGGCCGAGGUUGCCAGAGGCGUCCAGCUGGUUCAUCGGCGGGCCAAGAGGGACGCCUGGAGGACCCUGAAGUACAUGGAGCUGUUCAUCGUGGCUGAUUACACCCUGUUCCUCAACCAGAAUCGCAACCUGGGCCGCACCAAACAGCGUCUCCUGGAGAUCGCCAACUUCGUGGACAAGGUACGAGCCGGAGUGGGCGCCGCGGGUGUGUGUACAGCACCCGGCUCGCUGCGCCGAGCCCCCGCGCCGCACAGGCAAGCCUUCGCCGGCGUCACCGGCCUGUCCCCCGGUCCCCAGGGUGUCGUGUCUCCGUUGAGUCGCAGGCCGCUCGGUGUGGAUUCAGCAGCCUGCUCUCCGGGCCGAGCCGCCCGGCGGGGGCCCUGCUGCCACCUCCCUCCCUCCCCCCAGGACCACUCGGAGCUGCCGAUCGGCGCCGCCGCCACCAUGGCGCACGAAAUCGGGCACAACUUCGGCAUGAGCCACGACAGCCAGGGCUGCUGCGUGGAGGCCACCCCGGAUGAAGGCGGCUGCGUCAUGGCCGCGGCGACUGGGCCCCCGUUCCCCCGCGUGUUCAGCGCCUGCAGCAAGCGGCAGCUGCAGAGCUACUUCCAGAAGGGAGGCGGGAUGUGUCUCUUCAACCUGCCCGACACCAAGGACCUGGUGGUGGGCAAGAAGUGUGGGAAAAUGGAGGAGCUUGAGGAAGGCCAAGGAGCCAGCUGAUCGCUGUGGCUGGCUCUCCCCAUGCAGGAGUGCACCAACCCCUGUUGCAACGCACACAACUGCACGCUGAAGGCCGGAGCCCAGUGUGCCCACGGGGAGUGCUGUCAGAGCUGCCAGCCCCCCCCCGCAGGGGCCUGGCCGGCUCCCGACGCCUGUUUCCAAGACGUCAACACGGCCGGCGACGCCUACGGGAACUGCGGCACGGACAGCCAGGGGCACUACGUGAAGUGCAACCGGAGAGAUUCCGCGGUGCCUCCAAUCCAGUGCCAGAGCUCGGCCAAAAAGCCCAAGCAGACCAACACCGUCUCCAUGGACACCACCAUCCGCUUUAACGGGCGGGAGGUGAAGUGCAGAGGGGCCUUCAUGUACACCAACAGGGACGAGGAGGGCGACCUGCCGGACCCCGGCCUGGUGAUGACGGGGACCAAGUGCGGGGACGGGAUGGUACGCCGGCGCAGGACGCGGUGCUCCGUGGGGAGUCACCCAGCAGAGCCCGGGGCAGGACAGGUGUGGCUCCAGAUCACUGCGUUCCCACGCAGCCGUGCUGUGGAUCCGUCUUGUGUGCUGAAGUCUGUCCGUAAGACGGGAGCGGGUGUUUCCAGCCCCCGGGUAAGGGGCACAUGCGGCUUCAAGCCCCCUCCUGAUCUCUCUGCUCCGCCCUCCCCAGACCAUGAAGCCAUCCUGAUAGCCCUGCUGCUUGUCUUCCUGCUCAUCCUCCCCGCCACAGCUUUGGGGAUCUACUUUUGCUACAGGCGGAAGGACUCGCUCCUGAGCAAGUGGAUCAAGAGCGCGAGGAGAAGCCAGGGGCCGUGCAGGAACGGAGCCGUGGGUCAGAAGGGGCAGGGGGGUCAUUCCAACGCGGCUUUCUCCUUGCACGACGUCUCCUCCUCCAGCAAAGUUGCCCAAAGCACCCCCAAGGUAAGCAGGGGGCCUCCGCUCGGGAUGCGACUGAUUACGCCAAGGUCAGCUCCCCUCUGCCUCGUGUGUGUGGGCUCAGGACUCUCUCUAGCAGCUGGCUCUGACUCCUCCAAAUCUGCUCCCCCGUGGAAGUUAGCAGUGUGAUCCGUGGAGCUCAAGUAGGCAGGGAGUGUUGUUUUAUUGGCGCUGGAGGCUCUGGGUUCUGCGCCUGCAAAUAGCCUGGUGGUUGGCAGGGUUCCCGCUAACCUUUUCCACCCAUGAACGGAAUAAAUUUUGUUUGGUGCACCAAGGAAUGUGCAGAUGUGCACCACCCAUAGAAACACAUGUUGCUGGCUAUGGGUGACUGGGUGCUCUGCUAAUCAGCUGGGCAGCAUUUGAAUCUCUCCUGGGUGGCUGCCCAAGCGCACAGCUUACAGGGACGACUGGUGGCUGGGUGCAUGUAGCCAGGGCUUAUUUAAUUAGUAUCAUGGCCAAAGGGCCCGAUUCUGCUCUGCAUUUCACUGUGCUAAGUGCAGAAUAACUCCUGCGAGGCCAAGAUUUGCACCACACCUUUCAGGCCAGCAGGGUGAUCAUCUAACCAGGCUGGAAAGCUUCCCCACAAACAAAAGGGGAAGCACAAAUCUGUCAGGGAUGGUGUAGAUGGAGCUUGGUCCUGCCUUGAGGGCGGGGGGCUGGACUCGAUGAC